AACUGUGCUUAGCAGCAAAGAAGACUCCGACGUGGGUUUUUUUUUGUUUUUGUUUUUUUCCUUUGCUUGUUUAUUUCUGUGUGCGUGAACCAAAACGAGGAUAUCUUAAUUGGACAUGUGAGUUACGGGAGUUAACAAGACAAGCAGCCUUUUCGAAGAUGAAGUUCUCCGCCUGUGUCCUCGUCACUUUGCUGGUGAUCCGAUCGAGUGCAGCACAGUCAGUUUGUCCCGGCACAGAGAACAAGCUGAGCACUCUGUCGGACCUGGACCAGCAGUACCGGACCCUGAAGAAGCUCUACGAGAACUGCGAAGUCGUCAUGGGCAAUUUGGAGAUUACCAGCAUCGAUCGAAACCGUAACCUCUCCUUCCUCAAGUCAAUCAGAGAAGUGACCGGCUACGUGUUGGUGGCUCUCAAUCAGUUCGACUAUCUGCCACUGGAGAACCUACGCAUCAUCCGAGGCACCAAACUGUACGAGGGUCGCUACUCUUUGGCCAUCUUCCUCAACUACAGACGGGAUGGGUACUACGGCCUGAGACAGCUGGGCCUGCGCAACCUCACAGAGGUACUAAAUGGGGGUGUGUACGUUGACCAGAACAAAUUCCUGUGCCAUGCGGACACCAUCCAUUGGCGUGACAUUAUCAAGAACCCCCAGGCUGAGCUGUUGGUAGUACCAUCCAACAACAGCAACCUUGGAUGCAGACGCUGCCAUCGCUCAUGUAACGGACGCUGCUGGGGCCAUCAGGAAGACCAGUGUCAAACCUUGACAAAGACGGUGUGUGCAGAGCAGUGUGACGGUCGAUGCUUCGGGCCUUACGUCAGCGACUGCUGCCAUCGCGAGUGUGCUGGCGGCUGCGCGGGCCCCAAGGACACAGACUGCUUCGCUUGCACCAAUUUCAACGACAGCGGAGCAUGUGUGACCCAGUGCCCUCAACCGUUUGUCUACAGCCCCACAUCCUUCCAGUUAGAGCACAACCCCAGAGCCAAGUACACCUAUGGAGCCUUUUGUGUCAAGAAAUGCCCACAUAAUUUCGUGGUGGACCGCAGCUCCUGUGUCAGAGCGUGUCCCAGCAACAAGAUGGAGGUGGAGGAGAACCGCAUCAAAAUGUGCAUCCCAUGUACCGACAUCUGUCCUAAAGUGUGUGACGGUAUAGGGACGGGCAGCCUGCAGACGGCUCAAACAGUGGACGCCAGCAAUAUUGAUACAUUUGUCAACUGCACCAAAAUCAACGGAAACCUCAUCUUCCUCAUUACAGGCAUUAAAGGUGACAUGUAUCAUGGUAUUGGACCUUUGGACCCUGAGCGUCUCAAUGCCUUCCGCACUGUGAAGGAGAUCACAGGUUACCUCAACAUCCAGUCUUGGCCGGAGAACAUGACAGAUCUGAGUGUUUUUUCGAGCCUCUCAACCAUUGGAGGUAGAUCGCUUUACAGUGGAAGCGGUAUUUCUCUGUUGAUCUUGAAGCAGCGUUGGAUCUCCUCGCUUCAGUUCCAGUCGCUGGACGAGAUCAGCGCCGGGAACGUCUACAUCUUCAACAACAGCCGCCUGUGCUUCUACAACACCGUCAACUGGACAUCCCUCUUCAGAACCUCGAGCCAGAAAGUCCUCAUCCGCAACAACCGAGAGCCGAAGGAAUGCACUCAGCAGCGAAUGGUGUGUGAUGGGAUGUGUUCAGACGAUGGUUGCUGGGGCCCGGGGCCGGACCAGUGUCUUUCCUGCCGAUAUUUCACACGAGGCCGCACCUGUGUGGAGUCCUGUAACCUUUUCGACGGGGAAAUGCGUGAAUUUUCCAAUGGAUCUUUGUGCCUGGAGUGUGAUAACCAGUGUGAGAAGAUGGAUGGGAACACCAUGACAUGUUUUGGCCAGGGUCCGGACCAAUGUGUAAAAUGCCUCCACUUCAAAGAUGGACCCAACUGUGUGGAGAAGUGCCCCGAUGGGUUGCAGGGGGCCAACAGUUUCAUCUUCAAGUACGCCAAGGCCAGCAACGAGUGUCAUCCCUGCCAUGCCAACUGCACCCAGGGGUGCGUCGGGCCAAGACUCCAAGAUUGUGUCGGGAUGAUGGACAGGACACCGCUAAUAGCAGCUGGCAUUAUCGGCGGCCUAUUUAUCAUCGUCAUUCUGGCGCUCAGCGUGGCCGUGUCUGUCCGACGCAAGAGCAUCAAGAAGAAGAGGGCCUUGCGGCGCUUCUUGGAGACAGAGCUGGUGGAGCCCCUGACCCCCAGCGGAACGGCCCCUAACCAGGCUCAGCUGCGGAUCCUGAAAGAGACGGAGCUGAAGAGGGUCAAGAUUCUGGGUUCUGGAGCUUUUGGAACAGUCUACAAGGGCAUCUGGGUCCCAGAAGGUGAGACAGUGAAGAUCCCUGUGGCUAUUAAAAUCCUCAACGAGACCACCGGUCCCAAAGCCAAUGUGGAGUUCAUGGACGAGGCCCUGAUCAUGGCCAGCAUGGAGCACCCCCACCUGGUGCGUUUGCUAGGUGUCUGCCUGAGCCCCACCAUCCAGCUGGUCACCCAGCUCAUGCCCCACGGCUGCCUCCUCGACUAUGUGCACGAGCACAAGGACAACAUCGGAUCGCAGCUGCUGCUCAACUGGUGUGUCCAAAUCGCCAAGGGGAUGAUGUACCUGGAGGAGAGGAGGCUGGUCCACAGGGACCUGGCGGCCCGGAAUGUGCUGGUGAAGUCGCCCAAUCACAUCAAGAUCACCGACUUCGGCCUCGCGCGACUGCUGGACGGCGACGAGAAGGAGUACAACGCAGACGGGGGCAAGGUUGGUAUGCCUAUUAAAUGGAUGGCUCUGGAAUGCAUCCACUACAGGAAGUUCACCCAUCAGAGUGACGUGUGGAGCUAUGGAGUGACCAUCUGGGAGCUGAUGACAUUUGGAGGCAAACCGUACGACGGCAUCCCCACGCGAGAAAUCCCAGACAUCCUGGAGAAAGGGGAGCGUCUGCCCCAGCCACCCAUUUGCACCAUUGAUGUCUACAUGGUCAUGGUUAAAUGCUGGAUGAUUGACGCAGACAGCAGGCCGAAGUUCAAGGAGCUGGCUGCUGAGUUCUGCAGAAUGGCCCGGGACCCCCAGAGAUACUUGGUCAUCCAGGGAGACGACCGCAUGAAGCUUCCCAGCCCCAAUGACAGCAAGUUCUUCCAGAGCCUCCUGGACGAGGAGGACCUGGAUGACUUGAUGGAUGCCGACGAGUAUCUGGUGCCUCGAGGUUUCAACAUGGCUCCUCCGUCAUACACAACCAGGCCUCGCGUUGACUCCAACAGAAACCAGUUUGGCUAUCGAGAUGGUGGUCCAAACCCUGCAGAGGCCUCUGUGGCUGGUGCCCAAGCCUGCGUGAACCAGGAAGCCACAGGUGGACCGAGUCCGGCCCUGGAGGAUCAACGCUGUAACGGCAGCCUGCAUAAGAAGAGCAUGAGCCAGGCUGGGGGAGAGGACAGUGGGGGCCAGAGGUACAGCGCCGACCCCACCAUCUUCUUGGGGGAGAGGGCGCCCAGAGGGGACACUGAUGAGGACGGAUACAUGACACCCAUGAAGGACAAGAGCUCCUCAGAAUAUCUGAAUCCCAUUGAGGAAAACCCAUUUGUCACACGACGUAAAAAUGGUGAGAUCCACGCCUUGGACAACCCAGGCUACCACAGCACACCCAACAGCCAGCCCAAAGGAGAGGAUGAGUACAUCAACGAGCCCCUGUACCUCAACACCUUCCACAGCCCCGCUGAGCUGGGUCUCGAAGCCCUGAGAAGAAAUGGUCUGCCCCUACCCACCCAGCCCCCUUCUUCCAUCCCUUCUUCAGGCUCCCACCUCCCGCUUACCAUCCAGACCAGCCUGCCCCACUACCCCCUACCUACGGGUCAGCCCUCGCCAUCUGGCCUGCCUUGCCACCACGGCCCAGCGACCCACAUCCUCCACACCCACCACACCAUAAAACCUGCAGGACAACCUGGCAAUCCAGGUGGCGGCUCCACCAGCCAGAGCCAAACAGGAACUUCUGCCCAAGUCCAGUUAUGCCAGUCAGGUGCUCUGUCCACUUCGGCAACCAUCGGGCACGGCAGCCUGCCAGCCUACCAGAUCCAUGCUACCACGCACCCCGCCAGUUUGCUGAAGCACGCACAGACGUCAGGUAAAAUGAGUGGUAAAAAGCUGAAGGUGACCUUUGACAAUCCAGAAUACUGGCAGCACAGCUUGCCUCCCAAACCAUCUAAUCAGGCGAUCCCUGAUGGUGCAAAAGGUGGUUCUACCAACGCCAAGCUCUUCUAUAAGCAGAACGGACAUAUACGGCCGGCGAUAGCUGAAAACCCCGAAUACAUGUCUGAGUUUUCCCUGAAAUCUGGCACUGUCCUGCCACCUCCACCCUACCGGCAGCGGAACACUGUGGUCUAAAUCGUUCCAUUUGACAAACGUUCCUCAAUUUGACUCUAGCCUCAAGCAACCCAGACAUCCUCUCCGGUUCCACUGUCCCAUACAAAGGGGAGCGGCCACAACCAGAGCCCCCAACUCUUUCCAAACAAUGUGCCAUCUGCUGUAGACUGUAGUGACAUCAGAAGGAGGAGGACCGAACCAGGCCAAGCAGACCCAACUCCGACUCACGCACCUUCACUAUAUCCAAUCUAGUCCAUUUCUGUCCUGUAGAUAGAGACUGCGCUCCAUGUCAGAGAGAACCUGAAGGUUAUGGUACUGAGAAUGGACAGAUGAACAAAGCAGUGAACGUACCGUGUUGUCCCAGCGAGAUUGACCUACAAUGGCGUCAAACAAGAUGGAUCCGUCUUAGGGGACCUGAACUCACUGCCAGCCACUGUGGUGUCAGAUUCAUGAGAGGAAAAAGAUGUUUUAUUAUUUUUCCAGUGUAAAAGUCCGAGGAUGAACAAUACGCUUCUAUGGGUUUCUGAAAUAAGCAAACAGACAGAGCAAAUAUAGUCUGUUAGAUGUCAAGAUGUCUUGUUUUGUGAAUGACCUUGUAGAGUGAGGAAACAGCAAAAUAUGGAGGAAAAAAAGACUGAAAGGGUUUAGUGAGGACUUCCAGCAACAGAAAAGACAGAACACUGAAAGCUGAUCAAUCAUAUUCAAUCUUUUUGCCGAUAGGAUUAUACCGUAGGUCCUCAAAUUUUCCGUCAAAUAUGUGAAACUCAUCUCAUCUUUCUACUGUAACUGUGAUACUGUGAUGGCCAAAACUACAGUGAUCCCUCCUUUCACAUUUGUUGUACUACCAUGGACUUGCCUGAAAACACACAAGGCAACUGUUGUUUGUUUUUUUUGGUUGACUGCUGUCUACUUGGAAAAACUGAUUGAAAACAGCCUUAUCCGAGCCAAAGGGGAUAAGGGAAAAAAUACACUGUACACUUUUUUAUAUACACUGGUUGCAGUGCUGAGACAAUGGAUUUUUAUACACUGGUUUUCCCAUUCAGACCAUUGCGCUAACAUAGAUGGGUAAAGAAUGUCUUGCUAUAGGAGUACAGAUUCCUGUAUCUGCUGAAAAAGACCAUCCUUAAAGCAGCCAAACUCAAAAUGGUGAUUAUAGAGACAGAUAGCGAGGGAGAGAGAAAGGAAAUUCUAGAGGGGAGGGAAAGUUCUUACAAGCCGCCUAAUGAAGACCUCAAGGAAUGAACGAGACAGCACCAGCAGAGCACAGUAAAACCAGACUACUUUUUGUGUGUGUGUUUGUGUCAGUGUGAAUGAAAUAAGUGUGUGUGUUCACAUGUUAGUGAUCUAGUUUGGUCCCACAGGGAUAUCUGUGGAAAAAGAGAUACGGUCGAAGUCGGUGAUGACAUGAUCAACAGCUUCAAUACUGCUGCUAACCAGCAGUAAACUCAACACUGGUCCGACCAUAAAGGUUUCUGCAAUUAGACUGCUGUCAAGUCGAAAACGUUUUUAAUGUGGCAAUCCUUAAGAUUUCAGACCUGAUUGAUUAAUUUGUUUUUUGUCGUUGAAUUUAGUCCUGAGCCUUGUUAUUGAUACAUAAGAUUCAAGUUUUCACAAUUGUAUGCAUAGUUCCAUUUUUGUGUGUAUACAUUAGAUAAAUACUUUUAACAGCAUGGUAAUACAUGCACAAAAUCAAAAAUUGCCUCCAGUGCACUUCCAUUCUAUGCGAGCAAAGGGGCCAAAAAAGAAAAACAUUUAAAUGAAAAUAUUCAAGAUUGCCACAUUCUUGAAACAAAAGUUGAUUGAGUGGCCCAACAGCAGCAAACAACAUAAUCAUUUUAGGUGAUAGCCUUGUUGUUCUCCAUUAGCUUAAAGGCAAGAACCUGAGGCUUUAUGAAGGAUAUAUUGAUUAAGACACAAGUGUCUAUAUCACAGUGUUUAUUUAUAAGGACCAUGACUGUUUUGUUAGCAUUUUCUUACAAAAAUAUAAAUCCAAACAUCUUGUUCUCUGGACCUAUUCCUCUCUAUGGUAGCAGAUUUAACCAUGAUACUGGUGAAUAUAGGAAAUUGAUGCAGUAUCUGUUGUUUCUUCCAUAAUUUUCCCCUUCAUCAUUGGCACCUUGUCAAUCAAGAGCCUGCUGCGAGCCUGACCACCCUACUGUAAUGAUCUAUUUGGCUAGUCCUAGGUGGCGAAGCAACCUGAACAAUUUUAAACCAUUACAUUAUUUAAUUUAGACAGAUAAUCACAGACAAAGAUCAAGACCACACCUGUGUUGACUUUUAACCUAAAGUUAGUAUUAAUGGUGCUGCCAGUUGCACGUCCAGGUCGCACCAAUUGACAAAGGUUGGUGACCGCAUUGUUGUUUUCUAUCAAAACAGUACGAUAUAAACUUAAUUUCUAGAAGACAGGUUUGAACCCAUCACUAAAUUGUAUCUUCUUAGUUGCUUGUCAAGGUUUCUAUAAUUAUUUUUCUACGGUCAUCUGUUGGUGAGUCAUCUGACACCUAAUUACUAUUACUAAUAUUGGUAAAUAGGCCUAAUUUAGAGGAGAUUGUAAAGUCCAAAGUGUUUUUUUCUUCUCAGUGCUGCUGUACUUUCCCAACGCUAAUUUAGUAUUCUGUCCACUGUUCGACAAUGAUUCUGAUCCAUCAAGAUUUAGCGUCUAUUCUUAGUCAAGAGUGACAUCAUCAAUAGUAUCCCAACUGAGUUUUACUCUUGACAUCACCAAUAGAGCACUGAUUGCCCAAUUACUCUCGAGAGAAUUGUUCUAACCCUCACUACUGAUGCCUCCACAAGAAAACUGCCAGUCAAUGCUGCUAAAAGCGCUGGUGAUACAGCCAUUAUUUCUUCCGCCAUGCCAUACAGGAGACCUGUGGGUGGAAAACCACCACAAAGCUUGCCGAAGUUCAAAGAUCAAGAUGAACAUUGUGUAAUGAUGAUUUGAGUUAGAGGUCCUCUUGCAAGAAUCACAUCAUAGUUCAAUAGAUAUGAACAAAAUCUUCUAGUUCCUGAACCUUUAGCGAGUUUUUCCAGCCAUUAUCUGUUGAACAUUAUUAAUGUCAUUCAAGCUGUUUCUAUUUUUGUUUUGCGUAGGAUAUUUAUUCAGUGUAUUUUAAUGUCUGCUUCUGUGUGUGAAAGUGUUUGUUGAGUAAGCUGUAUGUGUUUGUCCUCCCCAUGGAGCACUUUGAUCAAUGUUGCGGGUAGAAAGAAAAAGAUUUCCACCCUUUGUUACUGAAAAAUUCUACUUGUUUAUAUGGUUUUUACCACUUCAGAAAGCAAAAGCUUUAGCAAAAGUCAGAGGAAGGUGCCAGGAGUUCACGAAGAAAACGUCUUUUAAGUGGUACUGACCAGCUUCAAGAAUGUCCUUGUUUCUACGUUUUUUGUUUGUUUGCUUCAAACAGUAUUUAUAAUGCUGCUUUGAUGAUAUCAUGAUUAUUUGAUGAAGGAGUAUUUUGUAGUCCCGUUUGGAGCUCUAAUUCAAUGAAAUAGAGACAGCAUUUAAUAUCAAUGUGAAAUAUUUAUAUUGCGUUUGGGCUUGUUUAUACUGAGCAAUGGAAGCGUCUGCCAAAUCUGGGUUUCAAGGAGAAGAAAAAAGAAAAGCACGAUGGUGGUGAAAAAGAAAAACACGCCUUGAUUUGUCUCUUGUUUGGCCUAAAUUAUACUGCAGACCCAGACUCAAAAUAUGCGUUGGAGUCUGGAAUAGAUUAAACUGAAACACUGAGCGACGACUGGCCUCACGUGUUCUCGAGAGCACUUCAGAGCAUCCAAGACCCUUUGCUUUUAACUGAAUCUUCUCAAGAGUUUUACCAAAACAAGGAGGAAAAAACAUACCUGAAGUUUCUCACGUCUUGUUUGUUGUCAUACAAAGGUCUCGGUGACCUAUUUUAAAAGUACCACAAUUUGUUUUUCUUUUUGUGGAAGCAAUCAUUUGUUUCCUCUCUACCGACUAAUAUCUCAUUUCUGGUUUCAAACGUAUUUCGCCUUGGCAUUGGACUGUGUUACCUGCUGCUAUUUGUCUCAGCGCUAAACACUAAUGUGGCUCAUGGCAGUUCAAGAACACACCAUGGCAACUGGUAUUUAAGACUGAUCACUUUUUUUAUUUAAUACUUUUUACUGUUUCCUCCAAGCCAAGGUGCAGAGGCAUGUAGCCAUGUUGUACUGAAGUGAAUCCUUCAAUAUUUCAUCGUCAGCAGUUACCUUCCAUAUAGGCUGCGUUAGAGUCUAAUGUAUAGUACAAUAUCACAUUGCAUGGUACCCAAAGUGAGUGUUUUACUGCCCUCCACCUUUGUAUCUCUUCAUUGAUGACAGUAUUAUAUCAGUGUGGGAGAAAAUAACCCGAUUUUUGUACUGAAUUCAGUAGCACAAACUGGGAUUCCUUAUUUCUGAAAUUCUUGGGAUUUGUUUUGUGUACAGUACCCUAUAUAGACUUUUAAUAUUGAGUUAUUUUCCAUAUUAUCAAGGAUGUUUUUCUUCAAGGAAAAAAAAGACUUGAUUUUGUUUUCCACUAUUGUGUCGUUUACUGCACAUUAUUUAACAUGUUUGUCAUGCUAGCCCGCAAUUUCUUCAGAUGUUCGCAUCUUAAUUGCACAACUCAUAGCUUUCAUUUCCUGUGUUUUAAAUUAUCAGAUCCGUAUAAAUGUACAGAAUCUUUUGGGGUUUCCUCCAAAGACUUAUCUAACAGACUUCAAACAACAAAUGUGAAUAGUAUUUUUAUAAAGCACUGAAAUGGGCGACGUGGUGAAUUUGUAAAUAAGGAGGCAAUGCUUUGAAUUUGUAUGGUCUUCUCUCCUACUGCUGUUUUCUCCUGCUUAUAACAACUUGUACAAAAAGAGCCGUACAUAUUUGCUUUAUGUAAGUGUAGCUUUUGACUAAUGGGGAUUUGAUUUUUAAAAAGUGCUUGUCCACACCCUUUUUCUCAUGUGAAACUCUUGUGAAGCCCUUUUUUCCCAGAGCUGUGUGGCUGUCCUCAUGUAAUGUUUCAGUUUGGGUGAACACUGUUUUAAAAGUGGGGGGGUGAGGGGGGGGGGGUUCAAUUUCUCCCGGUAUCUCCACAUUUAAGUAGUCAGUAAAGAGAAACAAUCUCUCCCUCUUUGUAAUUCUCAUAAAACCUAAAACCAGUGCUGCCAACCAACCUAGAUAAACUGUGUUACCUUCUCUGCUUACUUUCUACUGGAAAUAUUACUGAGAGGCCCCCUCCUGAAAGGCAGAGCACAGCCUGUUUUCACUUCAUUUCUGAUUUGUUUUGCAUGCUUUUAGAGGAGACAAAGUAGAGAGAAGGCAUUCUGAGUAACUCGCCGACGUUAGCUUUCCCCCGUGUCCCCUUUAUCUAAGACGGUCACCGCCGACUAUCUCCCUGAGUUAUUUGAAACCAUACCCAAAGCUUUAUAUCAUAGACAAAUACCGUUCCUCAUGUUUGUUACAUGAAUCUGUCAAAAGUAUAUUUUUAAUUUAAUAUAAAUAAAGAUUGAUUCAGUAUAUGUUGCGGUG